UGCGCUCGGCGGCGAGCAUGGCGAAUUGCGGCGCCCCGGGCGGCCCAGGGAGUUCUGGCGAUGCGUUGUACAGGGAGCUAUGGCAUGCUUGUGCCGGGCCAUUGGUCACCGUGCCUCGCCAAGGCGAGCGGGUUUACUACUUUCCUCAGGGUCAUAUGGAACAGCUCGAGGCGUCUACAGAUCAACAGCUUGACCAGCACAUGCCUCUGUUUAAUCUGCCAUCUAAGAUCCUGUGCAAGGUGGUCAAUGUAGAACUUAGGGCUGAAACUGAUUCGGAUGAAGUUUAUGCUCAGAUUAUGCUGCAACCAGAGGCCGAUCAAACUGAACCCACCAGCGCUGAUCCCGAGCCACAUGAACCUGAAAAGUGCAAUGCUCAUUCUUUCUGCAAGACUUUGACUGCUUCAGAUACAAGCACUCAUGGUGGAUUCUCGGUUCUUAGGAGGCAUGCUGAAGAAUGUUUGCCCCCACUGGAUAUGACUCAGAAUCCGCCAUGGCAAGAACUGGUGGCGAAAGAUCUCCAUGCAAAUGAAUGGCAUUUCCGUCACAUCUUCCGAGGACAACCUCGAAGGCAUCUGCUUACAACUGGCUGGAGUGUGUUUGUUAGCUUGAAAAGAUUGGUCGCUGGUGACGCAUUUAUCUUUUUGAGAGGUGAGAAUGGGGAUCUACGAGUCGGUGUAAGGAGGCUGAUGCGGCAACUAAACAACAUGCCAUCGUCAGUAAUAUCAAGCCACAGCAUGCACCUUGGAGUCCUGGCAACUGCGUCCCAUGCCAUCUCCACCGGAACACUCUUUUCCGUUUUUUACAAACCCAGAACAAGUCGAUCUGAGUUCGUCGUAAGUGUCAACAAGUACCUUGAAGCUAAGAAUAACAAGAUGUCUGUCGGAAUGAGAUUUAAGAUGAGAUUUGAGGGUGAUGAAGCUCCUGAAAGAAGGUUCAGUGGGACAAUUGUUGGUCUGGGGAGCAUGUCAACAUCUCCAUGGGCAGAUUCUGACUGGAGAUCACUGAAGGUCCAAUGGGACGAGCCUUCUGCUAUUCCCCGUCCAGAUAGAGUUUCACCAUGGGAACUGGAACCACUUGUUGCAACCAACCUACAGCCACCUCAGCCUCCUGCAAGAAAUAAACGUGCACGACCUCCUGCUUCACAUUCAAUUGCUCCAGAACAACCUCCAGCUUUUGGUUUGUGGAAAUCCCCGUCUGAGUCUGCACAAACAUUCUCAUUUUCUGGACUACAGCGUACUCAAGAAUUAUAUCCGUCGAGCCCAAAUUCAAUCUUCUCGUCGUCACUGAAUGUUGGAUUCAAUACAAAGAAUGAGCCGUCCAAUCUAACUAAUAGUCAUUUUUAUUGGCCAAUGCGGGACACAAGAGUCGACUCCUUCUAUGCUAGCAUCAACAAAGUUCCAUCUGCAAGGAAGCAAGAGCCUACUACUGCUGGCUGUAGAUUAUUUGGAAUUGAGAUAAGCUCUGCUGUGGAAGCAACAUCACCAGUGGUAGCUGUUUCUGGUGUUUGUCAAGAACAACCAGCUGCAUCAGUAGACGUCGAGUCCGAUCAGCUCUCACAACCAUCCCAUGUCAACAAAUCCGACGCUCCAGCAGCAAGCAGUGACCAUUCACCUUAUGAGACUCAGAGCAGGCAAGUGAGGAGCUGCACGAAGGUAAUUAUGGAAGGAAUGGCAGUUGGAAGGGCAGUGGACUUGACAAGGCUACGUGGAUAUGAAGAUCUUCACCGCAAACUAGAAGAGAUGUUUGAUAUCCACGGAGAGCUCUCUGCCAGCCUCAAGAAAUGGAAGCUUGUUUACACAGAUGAUGAAGAUGAUAUGAUGCUGGUUGGGGACGACCCUUGGAAUGAGUUCUGCAGCAUGGUAAAAAGGGUAUACAUUUACUCCUAUGAGGAGGCCAAGCAUCUGACUCCCAAGGUUAAGCUGCCGGUCAUUGGUGACACCAUCAAGCCAAGCCCGAGCAAACCAUCGUCCGAAUCUGACUUGCCGCAAAGUGACUUCGAGAACAAUUCCCAAGUUGCCGAUAACAAGGACUGCUGAAUGCUAACACAGCCCUAUCUUUUUCCUCUCUUGUUUUCGGAUGUCGCUCAUGGGGGGCCAAUGCCCAUGAUCCUUGAGACUGUUAAGAGUUAUCGGUUGGUUGCUUCGUGGACCCAGAAGACGUCAUCCACAUCUACCUUGGUUUGUGGAUCAUGCCCGUUGCUGGAUCAGUGAGGUCCCUUGCCAGCCAGGAUUGGCUGGGAAUCAGGCAA